CUCUUGCAGCUUCCAAAGUGUGACCGUUGAUUUGUAUUCGUAAACAAAAAAUUUUGUUUUUGUUGAUUGUUUUUUAAACUGUUAUGAACUGCGCCUUGGAUGAAGAGCUGCUGGCCAACAUAAAAUGCAGCGACCAGGAGGAUGCUGGCGACGAGGAGGAGAAGAUGCAGGUGGAGGAGCAGCUACCACAGCUGCCGGAUCCCACUGCUCAGGAAGCUGAAGAAGAUGACUCCGAUCCGCUGCAAGAGACGUCUGGAAGCAGCUGCUUUCCCUGGAUUUUUGAGGACGGCGAUGUGCUGAUCGGUAACGAACAACUGGCCGAGAUGGUGCUCAAGUCCGAGGUUUCAGUUCGCCCGGGACUUACUGCCAAACGGGGCCGCGGUCGUCCGUCCCAUAAUGCUGGCCAAUACACUUCGACCACUGGACAAAUAUGGAGCUUGGUCAAGGAUCCGCAGAUGGUAGUCGGGGAGGAACUGCCUUUGCUGGGCCAGCAAGCCUGCGGAAAGGGACCAGCACGUUCCGUUUCUAACGCCGUGGAGGCCUGGAUGCUUCUGUUUGACGAUGAAAUGCUCAAAUCCCUGCUGCGUCACACAAACGAGCAGAUGCGCAAGAACAGGAAUCCCACAGGUGCCCAGCGACCGCUGGACAUUGUGGAGCUGCGGGCGUUCCUCGGCUUGAGCUACCUUUGCGGGGUUUUCCGCAAUGCCCAGUUCAAUGGACCCCUAGAGGAACUGUGGACGUUGGAGCUGGGCAACGCCAUCUUCCGGGCCUCCAUGACCCUCGCCCGAUUUAAGAGCAUUUCCGAGUGCCUGUCGGGUCCCAGUGGGGGUUGGUCUGAGGCCCAAAAGCUUUGGCAGCGGCUCCUCAUCAACUGUCGGUCUUACUACGGUUGCAGCAGUUGGUUGAAUGUGGAUGAGUCCUCCGGCACGGUGGCCAAGAAUCGGCUGACCCUCUGCUGUGACGCCAGGACUUUGUACAUGGCCAAUGCCUUAUUAAGCAGCAGGCAACAGAGAUCGCUGGAGAGGGAUGUGGAACAGUUGAUUUGCGAUUUCAAGACGACUAGCAGAAAUGUCACGAUGGGAUUCAGACACCUGAACCUUUCGCAGAGCGAGCAGCUGAUGCAGCGCCAGCUCAGCUCGCUGGGAUUGCUAGAGGCUACGUCGCCGGAUUGGCCGCGACAAUGGCAGUGUGAUAUUCCCGCUUAUAGCGGCUCCUCCAAGCUCAUUCCUUUCGAUGGUGAAGCUAUCUUCUGCUGUGGUCUCAGCCCCCAAGUGGAUGCACUCCAGGCAUACCAGAACACUUCGCAGGCUUGCCAGCAGUUUUAUGACCUCACAGAACGCUUUAGCACCGCCCACAUGCUGCCCUCCUCCCUGGAAAAGCAGUGCAACUCCUUCCUGCAGCUCCUUCACUUUGUACUCAAUGCGGCCGCCGUGAAUGCAUGGAUCCUACUUCGACUCUCGCCUAAAGGUGAUGCCACGAUGGAGCAGCGUGACUUUCAGCGUCAGUUGGGACUCUUUCUUACCCAGCAGCGAUUGCAGAGGCGUUUGCAGCGAAGGUCCACCACCACGUCGCUUGUGAUGCGCCUGCAGAUCUGCGAGAUUCUCGGGCAGCCCAGUCAGCGGCUGCUCAGCGAGGCCAGUGGCGAUGCCAGGCGAUCCGACAGCGUGGGCGUACUGACACCAGACAAGGUGAGACUGCCGGUGGGCGUGAAUCUGUCCAGUCGCUAUGGCGAGAAGCAUCGCAGAUGCAAGCCCUGCGCCCGGAACAAGCGAGGCACCAAGUCUCGAACGCGGUGCCAGCAAUGCCAGUCGCAUCGGUGUGGUAACCACCUGAUCUCCCGCUGCUAUGAGUGCGUCGGUAUUUUGCCCAGCCAACUGCCCGCGGGCAAUAUGCGAGACGACGAAAUUGGACAUUAAAUAACAUUUAAUAAAGAGAGGCGAGACUA